AGGAGCUGUGGGCAUGAUAGCAGGAGCAGGAGGAAGAGGGGGGAAGGAGGCCAGAGAGAUGUACCUCAUCCAGUUCCCCCGGGAUGAAGAAGAUGAGGGAGGGAUGAUGGAGGAUGAGGAAGGGGAGGGCAGCCUCAGCGGUGAGGGGGAGGAGACGGCCAACAUCAAAGAGGAGUUUCCUCAAACAGAGGGCUAUCAGCCUGCCUCUCUCCAGCUAAUCAAGGAGGCUUUGAAGAUGGAUCCGCCCAACCAGAACCUCCACGCUUGCUCCAGAGCCCAAAGUGAAGGAGAGCUGUCAGAUCGUCCACCGACUCUUCAUCCAGGGGAGAGGGAAGAGGAGGACUGGGAGGUGGACUCAGCAGAGCCGUCGGACGGGGGCAUGACGAUGGAUGAACUGAGAGGUCUGGAGUCUGCACUAAGAGCUGAGAGAGGCCGUGAGCAGGCUGCCAUGACGACUUCUCAGCCUGUGAGCCCACACCCAGAGGUGGUGCGAGGGAGCGAGAUAAGCUUGGCCCCGAAGUACAUCGGCCUCGAUGGGAUGGAGCAGGACGGAGAGCUGGAGCCUCAGCCACCCACUCUGCAGAGAGAGGACCAGAUAGGGCAAAGCAGGGCGAAGGACGGUGUGAGGGCUGGACUGGUCGGGGGAGUGGAGCUAAGGUCAGGCUGGUCGAAAAAGAUCAGAGACGGGGAUUCAGUGUCUGGUGAGGAUGUGGUGGAGCACGGAGAGUCGGAGCACCUGCCCCACCUGUCUGCUCCAGGGAGCGUCGGGGAGAGCGGAGGGGAAGAGGAGGGUAGUGGGGACCUGCUCCACUUCUGUCCACAGUGUGGAGGAGGCUUCACUUCAGAGGCCGAGCUGGAGGAGCACCCCUGUCCACUAGGGGGUGCCCAUUUACAGAGCAGCGGGGGAGAGGCGAGCCUUUUCCCCUGCGCCCACUGUGGCAACACGUUCAGCCACGCCUGGGCUCUAAAGAACCACGAGUGUGCCUGUGCUGCCGAGCGGCCGCACUGCUGCGAGAUCUGUGGGAAGCGCUUCACGCACUCGCGCUCUCUGGAACGCCAUCAUCUGGUGCACACGGGCGAGAGGCCGCACCGGUGCCCGCAGUGUGGACGCAGCUUUAGUCGCCUAGGCAACUUGGAGCGGCACCAGCGGAUCCACACAGGUGAACGUCCGUAUGGUUGCGAAGCGUGUGGGAAACGAUUCAGCCGUGUGGAGUAUUUAAAGAGACACCAACUCAUACACAACAGUGAAAAAGCAACACUCCAGUGCUCCAACUGUGGAAGGGGCUUCAAUGAUGUGGAGCAGCUGAAGAGCCACCAGUGUUUUUAAAGUCUCCUCCUUACAAUCUCUGAUAGAACUUGAAAGAACGAGCUGGUUUUUAAUCGACUGAGAUAGAAUUUAGCCGAUGAAUGUGACUGGUACAUGGUUAUAUUUUUCUCAGUAACUAUCUUUGAAAUAAAGAAGCACAAGCGUGUGUGGAUGAUUUUGUCGAGUAAAUAAAGAAGGCACAUGUCCAAAGUUGACUGGAAGUCGUUUAUACAUGGUGUUUCUGUGUAAGAGGAGAAAUACAAUCAAUCUCAGCCAUUCAGCCAUUGUAACUAGUGGUGUUCUCAUUUGUAUGUAUGUACAAAACUAUGGCUUAUUUAUGAUGAUGAAUAAAUUGUGCAUUUUUAUCUUUUUAUCAAUUAACUCAUGUUAAAGCUGAUGGCCUUGUUUUUCUCUGACAAUAUAAUUGACAGUUUGGUAUUUUGUAUGUUUGUGUUUUGGUCACAUUGUUAAGAAAUAAACAUUUCAAUUCAUCAGAAAGCUCUUUACCCAUUUCAGUCUUUACUCACAAAUGAUGGAGUUGGUGAAUAUGUUACAAGAUCAUAUUCAUCAUAAAUAUACUUUUCCAGCCCUGA